AUCUACUAACGAAUUUUCGUACUUGAAACGAUCGUGUUGACUGCGCGUCAAGGCAACUGUCUGUGUGAGGAUGACGCACAGAGGCUGCUUUGUCCAGAUCUCCAUCUUUGUCUUUUCCUUUGUCAUGGUGCUCCACGGACACGGAGACCUGAGCUACACUGUACACGAGGAGAUGAAACAAGGAUCCAUUAUUGGAAAUGUCGCCAAGGAUCUCGGGCUCGAGCAGGAAAGACUCUCUGCUCGCAAAGCUCGCGUGGACACGGAGGGGAACGACAGACGGUACUGUGGAAUUAAUCUUCAAAGCGGAGAUUUAAUUGUCGCUAAAAGAAUCGAUCGAGAGGAGCACUGCGGAGACAAACCUUCGUGCGUUCUUAAAUUUGAUUUACUGCUAGAAAAUCCCUUGGAGUUACACCGUUUGUCCCUGCAGGUGCUGGAUGUAAACGACAAUGCGCCGAUUUUCCCGAAGGAUUUAAUAAAGCUGGAAAUUGGAGAGUCCGCUGACAAAGGAGCGAGAUAUCGUAUUAAUGCAGCUCAUGACGCAGAUAUAGGGCAGAAUACCGUUAAAAGUUACAUUUUACAGCAAAAUGCACAUUUUGUGUUUAGUAUUCAAACCACGAGUGUUGGCAGUAAAUAUGGCGAACUGGUUUUAGAGAAAGAGUUAGACCGAGAGGAGCAGCAGGAAAUGAAAUUACUGCUCACAGCCGUGGACGGGGGCUCUCCUCAGAGGACGGGGACUGCAGUCAUCCAUGUUAUUGUCCUCGAUGCAAAUGAUAAUGCUCCGGUGUUUAGUGAGGCCGUUUAUAAAGCCUCACUGCCGGAAAACUCUCCCCUAAAAACGCCCGUUAUCACUCUGAGAGCAGCAGAUGCGGACGAAGGUGUCAACGGAGAGGUUACAUAUGAAUUUAGCCGACUGUCUGACAAAUCACGAAAGCUUUUCUCACUAGAUCCAAAAACGGGAGAAAUGAUUGUAACAGGUGACAUCGAUUUUGAGGAUGGAUCAACGUAUGAAGUGUUUGUUGAGGCCAAAGAUGGUUAUGGUCUGUCUUCAGAAACAAAAGUGAUAAUUGACGUUACUGACGUCAAUGAUAACGCACCCGUAAUAUAUGUGAAGUCAAUGAAUAAUCCAAUACUGGAAAGUGUUUCACCUGGUACAGAGGUUGGAAUCAUUAAUGUUCAGGACAGAGACUCAGAGAAUAACAGACAGGUCCGCUGCUCCAUUCAGCAUAAUGUCCCCUUUAAGUUGGUUCCUUCCAUUAAAAACUAUUAUUCUCUGGUGACAACAGGACAUUUGGACCGUGAAUUAGUGUCUGAUUACAACAUCACAAUCACAGCUACUGAUGAGGGCUCUCCACCUCUGUCCUCCUCAAAAACUGUUCAGUUAUCUGUAGCUGAUAUUAACGACAACCCACCUGUGUUUUUGGAACAGUCCUACAGCACAUAUGUGACUGAAAACAACAAACCUGGCUCCACUUUAUGUUCUGUUUCUGCUCGAGACCCUGACUGGAGACAAAACGGGACAGUGAUUUAUUCUCUUUUAUCUGGUGAGGUGAACGGAGCCCCGGUGUCCUCUUAUCUGUCUGUUAACGGAGACACGGGGGUGAUCCAUGCUGUCAGGUCCUUUGAUUAUGAACAGUUCAGGAGUUUAAAAGUCCACGUGAUGGCCAGAGACAACGGUUCUCCUCCACUCAGCAGCAACGUGACCAUCAGUGUCUUCAUCACGGAUGUGAAUGACAACUCUCCUCAGAUACUGUACCCCGCCCCGGAAGGAAACUCCUUCAUGACCGAGCUGGUCCCCAAAGCUGCACAAGGAGGCUCUCUGGUGUCCAAAGUGAUCGCAGUGGACGCAGACUCUGGACAAAAUGCCUGGCUGUCCUAUCAUAUAGUCAAAUCCACUGAUCCGGGACUUUUCACUAUUGAUGUCCACAGUGGAGAGAUCAGGACACAGCGGGACAUUUCUGAAUCUGACAGCAUGAAACAGAACCUUAUUGUAGCAGUUAAAGAUAACGGACAGCCCUCUUUGUCUGCCACCUGUUCCAUGUAUUUACUCAUUUCUGAUAACUUGUCUGAGAUACCAGAGAUGAAGGACGUGUCUUAUGAUGAGAAGAAUUCCAAGUUAACCUCUUAUCUGAUCAUUGCUCUGGUGUCUGUGUCCACCUUUUUCCUGACCUUCAUUAUUGUUGCUGUUGGUGUGAAAUUUUGUCACGGAAGAAAACCCAGGAUGUUGUAUGAUGGAGCAGUCGCCAUCCCCAGCGGUUAUCCUCCUCCUCAUUACGCAGAUGUUGAUGGAACAGGAACUUUAUGCAGCACUUAUAAUUAUGACACCUACCUGACAACAGGUUCAAGAACCAGUGACUUUAAGUUUGUGGGCUCUUACAAUGACAACACACUGCCUGCUGAUCAGACUCUGGAGAAAAGUCCAUCUGGUUUUGCUGAAGCCUUUGUCGAAAGUCAUGGCUCCCCUGAGCAUUACAUUGGACCUGUUCCUGGUGGGUUUUGGCCUUCCCCUUGUCACCAGUGCUGUUUGUGA